AUGAAUAAAAAAGCCUUAUUAAUUUCCAUCGAAGGGAUAGAUGGUAGUGGUAAAUCUACCUUAAUUAAAAAACUAAAUGAAACAAUUAUUAAUUCGGUUAUUACUCAAUCACCCCGUGGCACUAUUUUAGGAGAAAAAGUUUGGGACUUGGUUACGGAAAAUUUGCCUGAUUUGGCCGCCGGCAAAACAGUUCUAACUGACCGUUAUAUUGACAGCACUUUGGUUUACCAAGGAAUUCGGGGUAAAAUUCCCAUUACUAAAUUAGUUGAG